GCCUUAAAUCAUGUCAAAAAUCCGCCCUUUAUCACCAAAGCUGGCUGAAAAUGCCCAAAAACAAUUAGGUGAAGUACCCGAACGCAUUGAUGAAGAUAUUGCUGUGCUGCGUGAUUGGAUCUCAAAACAACCCCACCUAAAAGCCCGCACAGAUGAUCAAAUGCUGGUAGCAUUUUUACGUGGCUGUAAAUAUAGUUUGGAAAAGGCGAAACAGAAAAUCGAUAACUUCUAUGCGAUGCGUAAUGUUGUACCUGAAAUCUAUAAGAAUCGUUUUGUUGACGAUAAGGCAAUAGAUAUAUUAAGACAGGGAUGUUUACUACGCCUACCCAAACCCUUAAGCGAAGCUGGACCCCGCAUACACAUUUCCCGUUAUGGCCUGUACGAUACAAAUAAAUAUGGCCUGUCGGAGGUGGUUAAAGUUGGCACCAUGCUUGGCGAAAUACAAUUUCGUGAAGAUGAUCAUGCCAUGGUAAUGGGUUUUGUGGAAAUUAUUGAUCUCAAAGGUGUCGGAGCGGGACACAUUUUCCAAUUCGAUGCUGUACUCAUUAAGAAAUUAGCGGUUUUGGGUGAUAAGGCAUGGCCCUAUAGGCCACAAGGUUUUCAUUUUGUCAAUGCACCAUCGGGCACCGAGAAACUAUUGUCCAUUGCCAAGGGGCUGAUGAGUGAGAAAAUUAAACAGAGGUUCCACAUUCAUAGUAAAUACGAAUCAUUGUAUGACUAUAUCCCCCAAGAAUGCCUGCCCGAAGAAUAUGGUGGCAGUAAUGGUACCAUAGCCGAUGUCAUCAAUACCUGGGAAAAGAAAUUAUUGGAAUAUAAAUCAUAUUUUGAAGAAGAAGCUCAAUAUUGUACAAAUGAAAAGCUACGAAAAGGCCGACCAUUGAAUUCGGAAUCCUUGUUUGGUAUUGAGGGUUCAUUUAGAAAAUUAGAUAUAGAUUAA